AUGGCGGUGCAGACACAGGAGAAAUACUGUUUACUUCGGGAGGACCCUGAUCUGCAGAGAAGAGACCAUUGCUGGAGCCGGCACACAGAUUCUGGGACAGGAUUCACAAGAUUAGGCUGUUGGUUGGUGAUUAUGGGACCUGCUAUUCUCAAGAUUGUGCAUUUCUUUGGGCUCUUCAUUCUCUGUUCCAUGUUUGAAGGAUCCCUUUCGGUCAGAUUUACGGUUUCUUCUACAACAUCAGUUGUUGCUGCACUUGGAUCAGAUGUGGUGUUACCUUGUCAUCUGACCCCUGAGAUGAACGCAGAGAAGAUGGAAAUCCGUUGGUUUAAGCCUAUGUACCAGCCCUAUGUUCAUCUUUAUAUUAAUGGGAAAGACGAUUACACAGCCCAGAUGCCACAGUUUGCUAACAGAACAGAACUGCUAAAAGAGAACAUCACUAGAGGAAUUUUCCCUUUAAAGAUCCGUAAUGUCACAGCUCAGGAUUCUGGGGAAUAUUAUUGUUUUGUUGAGUCCACUGAACAUCACGGUAUGGCAGCAGUACAGCUACAGGUUACUGCUGUGGGAAGUCUCCCUGUAAUUACCUCCAACACAUUUACAAGUAAUGACACUGCCUUUUGUGGGUCCUGUGGCUGGCUUCCAGAACCUUCCCUCAUAUGGACUGAUACCCAGGGGAACCGAGUCAUCCCAUCUAUGGGAAAUGUGUACAAAGAUGAGAAAAGUUUCUAUUGCAUCUUUAGUAUAAUAUUUCUACCAAAUGCUUCUAAUAUCACUUGCACUGUCUCCAAUUCCAUAAAUCAGAGCAAAUAUGACUCCAGGCAGAUCAGAGGAAAUAAAGAUGAAGUGAUAAAACGACUCCGGGCGGCACCGGAUAACUGUGAAUUUGGGUGUUUGUUGGAGAGGAUGUUACCCACAAUGCAUCUGAUUCAGUUGGUCGCUAUUGGCUUGCUGUUUGGGGCAUCGGAGUCACAGUCAGGCAGAUUUACUGUCUCGGCAGGACCACCGGUGUCUGCUUCCAUAGGUUCUAAUGCCGCACUGCAUUGUAACUUGGUUCCUCAGAUGAACGCUGAGAACAUGACAAUUAGAUGGUUCAGAACCUCAUUCAUUCCCUAUGUGCAUAUGUACAAUCGAGGGGAAGAAGACCAGUCAAUGCAGAUGGUACAGUUUGCUAACAGAACAGAACUCCUGAAGCAGAACAUCACUAGGGGAGGCGUGGCUUUGCUGAUCCGGAACGUCACAUUUCAGGAUUUGGGGACAUAUUUUUGUCAUUUUGAGUCGGAUAGGCUUCAUGGGAUGACGACCGUUCAGUUAAACAGCACCGAAAUGAAGCCUUUCCCAUCAUAUCACUGCCAACAUGAUAUCCGCGCCAUCAUCAUCGCCUGCUUUAUUAUGUACAUAAGCUUGCUUUUAUGUUUAUGUAUACAAUGGAUGAAGCUUAGAGAAAAGAAGAAAGAAAUACGUAAGUACAUUGUUGUGUUGCCAGCACUUAUUGCUUUUAACAUAGAUAUAUGCUAUACUGCAAAAGAAAAGUUGUCAUGGGAGAUUUGA